AUACAUAAAUAAGCAUAAAGAAACCGGCAGAUUGAGACGAAAGUCCGGUGAAUUUGAGCGGCUUGGUACUUUGAAUCGCGCAUUCGCAUUCGCAAUCGCGAGGGACUCUGUCUCUGAAAAAUGAGUUUGGAUUCGUUUCGAAGCUCCUCCUCGUCAGGCUCAGGCUCAGGCUCAGGCUCAGGCUCUAAACGAACUUCCUCUUUCUCUAAUGCUACCAACAAGACGAAGACGAAGACUAAGAAGAAGAAAACCCUAGGCGUUGCUUGGGGCUCUAAUGCUCUCCCUCCAUCCGAUUUCUCCGGUUAUAUGGCACUCAAGAAUCGGAAACUACAUGAUCAGUUUCAUGCUCAAUCUUCUUCUUCUACUUCUACUUCUACUUCUGGGAAGCCUAUAUUCACUGGAGUUUCAAUUUUUGUAGAUGGUUUCACGGUUCCUUCCAGCCAGGAACUGCGAGGCUACAUGUUCAAGUAUGGUGGAAGAUUUGAGAAUUAUUUCUCAAGACAUCGUGUAACGCAUAUCAUCUGCAGUAAUCUUCCUCACACCAAACUUAAGAACCUCAGAGCCUUCAGCGCUGGCCUGCCCCUCGUCAAACCCACUUGGAUUUUAGAUUCUGUUGCAGCUAAUAGACUCUUGCCCUGGCUGCCCUAUCAGCUUCACCAACUUGCUAAUAAUCAACCAACACUAUCAGCUUUCUUCUCAUUCAAAACUAGCAAACUGUCUGACAUGGAGGAUUCAACUACAAAUGUUUGCCAAUCUCAAGAUAGACACUCAUCCAAAGUUAAUGGGCUUAUCAGUACCGUAUCCAAUGAUACUAUCCCUGAGAAUGAAAAUACUAAUGCAUUUAUGCUGGAAGAUUCAACUAAUCUUGUUAGAGUUAAAUAUGAUGAAGGAAGCACUGCUGCUACUCAAGAAAAGACAAAUGUCCAAGAUGAACUUGAGCCUAAUCAUCAAGAACCUUCUACAUCAGUUAGUAGCCCCUGCUCAGAUGACCAGAAUGUAAAAGAAUUUCAAAGUUCUGCAGCCACUCGGCUUUCUAAACAGGGACAUUCAACUCUUACAGAUCCUAAUUUUGUGGAAAAUUAUUUCAAGAGCUCACGACUACACUUCAUAGGAACCUGGAGAAAUCGGUAUCGAAAGCGUUUCCCUAUGCCAUCUGCUGGGCUUAACAAAGAAAUUUCUAAUAAUUCUUCUGAUGUUUCUAGGAAUUCAGUCAUUAUCCAUGUUGACAUGGAUUGUUUUUUUGUCUCAGUGGUUAUCAGGAGCCAACCUGAAUUGUUUGACAAGCCUGUAGCUGUAUGUCACUCAAAUAAUUCAAAGGGAACUUCUGAGAUUUCCUCUGCGAACUACCCUGCUCGUAGUUAUGGUAUUAAGGCUGGUAUGUUUGUUCGAGAUGCCAAGGCUCUUUGUCCUGACCUCGUUAUCUUUCCAUACAACUUUGAAGCUUAUGAGGAAGUAGCUGAUCAAUUUUAUACAAUAUUGCACCGACAUUGCAACAAAGUGCAGGCUGUAAGCUGUGAUGAAGCAUUUUUAGAUGUCACACAUUCAGAGGUUAAAGAUCCUGAACUUUUAGCUUCAUCAAUUAGAGAAGAGAUCUGUAAAACCACUAGAUGUACAGCCAGUGCUGGUAUAGCUGGAAAUAUGCUCAUGGCUCGUAUUGCUACCAGAACUGCAAAACCAAAUGGUCAAUAUCACAUAACUCCAGAAAGGGUUGAUGAUUAUUUAUGUCAGCUCCCAAUUGAUUCACUUCCUGGGGUAGGGCAUGUUUUACAGGAAAAAUUGAAGAAGCAGAAUGUUCAUACUUGUGGUCAAUUGCGGACAAUUUCAAAGGCCUUACUGCAGAAAGACUAUGGAAUGAAAACAGGAGAAAUGCUGUGGAACUAUAGCAGAGGAAUUGAUAGCCGGGCUGUUGGGGUCUUUCAGGAAAGUAAGUCUAUUGGUGCUGAUGUAAAUUGGGGUGUGAGGUUCAAUGAUGUGAAAGAUUGUGAUCGCUUCCUAAUAGACCUUUGCAAGGAAGUUUCAUUACGAUUGCAAUGUUGUGGAGUUCAAGGGCGCACUUUCUCUCUCAAGAUCAAAAAGAGAAGAAAAGAUGCUGUUGAACCUGCAAAGUUUAUGGGCUGUGGGGACUGUGAAAAUUUGAGUCACUCAAUAACGAUUCCUCUUGCUACUGAUAAUGUGGAAGUACUCCAAAGAAUAGUAAAGCAACUUUUUGGAUGUUUUUAUAUAGAUGUCAAGGAGAUUCGAGGUAUUGGCUUGCAAGUUUCUAGAUUUGAAAGUGCAGAGACUUCGAAGCAAGAAAAGUAUUCUUUGAAAUCAUGGGUUGCUUCAGGAAAUGCAAGUAUGCAAAAACAGAAAUAUCCUAUGGAUCAAGACAAGCAGAACAUGGAUGGUACUUCCAGUGGUGAAUGUAGAGGAGGGUCUUCAGUUAAAAUACAGAAUAACCAAGCUAAUGCUAACCCAAUUUCAACACCUCCUCCUUUGUGUCACCUUGAUGUGGAAGUAAUAAGGAAUCUUCCCCCAGAAGUGUUUUCAGAAUUAAACGAAAUUUAUGGAGGAAAGUUAAUUGACUAUAUUGCUAAAGGAAAAGGCACAAGUGAGACUUCUAGCUCUUUACAGAACUUGUUUUUGGAGCAAGAAACAGCAAUAGACAAGGAAGAGGAACUUCUGAAUCUUGAGCCGAUUCCUCAAAGAAAGCUAUUAUCAGAAAUCGAGGCUAUGCAACAUGGCGCAGAGCAAGGUGACGCAGUAUCAGGUUCAGGGUGUGGACCCAUUUUCAAGGUUACUCACAGUUCGAGUUUUGAAAAAGAUGAUUUGUUGCCUUCUUCUUUAAGUCAAAUUGAUGGUUCAGUGUUACGACAAUUGCCUGAGGAUUUGAAAGCUGUCAUUGUUCAGCAGCUUCCUGCACACAGGACGCAAGAGAUUUGCUCCAAUGGUGCAAUGGUCCCUCCUAGUGAAAAUCAUCAUGUGUCACUAAGUAUUAAAACUUCUGAGAAUCCUGGAUCGAGUUACAGUGUUUUGGAUGAUAGUCUUUGGACUGGGAAUCCUCCAAAAUGGGUUGAGAAAUUUAAAGUCAGCAGUUGCUUAUUAUUGAAAAUUUUUGCAGAAAUAUAUUCCAAAUCAGGGUUGUCUAGCACAUUAUCUUCAGUUUUGCACCAAAUUAUAUCUGAAUUCCACCAGCUAAAUCUAGCACAUCAGAUUUCUGAUGAAACUGUUAAUAUUAUCUCUGAGCUACUGAAGCAGUAUAUCAAAGUGAGGAUAGGAAGAGAUAUUGAAGAGAUUUAUAUCUGUUUUCGGCUUUUGAAAAGGUUUGCAGCAAAGUCACAACUUUUCUUACAAGUGUAUAAUAGUGUAUUUCCAUACCUUCAGGCAGCUGUUGAUGACAAUUAUGGAGGAAGUUUGUUUAUAGCAUCGUAGUAAUACGUAAAAGAUUCUAAAUGAGCAAAAUUCACUGGUUUAACUGAAUGCGCCUAUGAGAUCAGGUUUAUGUCCGUUGCACAAGAAUACAAUUAACCUGGCAGCUUACCACUUCAUUCUUUAUAACUGGCAGCAAUGGCAGUAUGGCACCACCAAUGAAAUGUAGAGUCCCUAUAUCGUUGUGGUUAGUGGAGAACAGCCACCGGACAGGAUUUCUCGUAAAAUGGAUUUCUUUUGUUUCCCUCGAAGUGGCUUGUCAACCAUGUUUUCCCUCCCUCAAAACAACGCUCUUCACCAACCUUUACAGUCUUGGCUUUGGGCAAGACAGCGAUGAGUUGUUAGCUCCCGGAUGCCAAUCAAAGAAAGCACUCCUAUACAGCCUGGUGUUGAUUCUGCAAUUUGCGUCUAGUGGGGAGCUUUGUCAUCUCAAAUAAUUAGUGGAUUUUUCCUUGCAUGUGGAUCCGAACAACACUAGCAUAUCUAUUGAAUCAGGCUGCAUUGUUGCAAUUAGUGCUGGGAAGGGUAGAUUUGGCCAUCUUGGAUAACCGUAUAUGAUAAAGUCAAUAGAGAAACUGCAUGGAUAAUUCAGUGCUACUUUGCUACGAUCAAAUAGUUGGUACUGUCAUAUCCAUUGCAUCAGAGUGGAGCACUGUGGAGAAAUUGACCCUUAUUCUCCCCGUCCCAAGAGCCAUUUAGAUUUGAUAAAAUUUUACAUGCAGCAUCCUGAUUGUUGUAACAUUUCGACCUGAAUACCAGGAGGAUUACCAUACGCAGGCAAGAUCAUGUAAGCAGUGAGUGUGGAGCAGAGGGCAUCCUAAGAGAUACAAACAUAAAAGGUGGGAUGGAGGAGUAAGUGGCAGCUUUUGACUCUGGUCAAAUUCAUAUGGGGUUUGAUUUCUGAUGCUUGUGUAAGUUGGCAUAUUAAUUUUGUUCAUAAAGCCUUCCCUAUUCUUGUUGUCAUUCAACUCAAUAUAUGUAAGAUUGAAAAUGUGAGAGAGUUUCAGCCGAGUCUGCUAGUUCAGACUCACUUCAACAUGCAAAAACAAAGUAAGUACAAGGUUAUUUAUUUAUCUUUUUAGGUAGAGACGAAGUCAAUGAAAAUGUGAACUCAGUUUCUUUACUGAAUACUUAUUUCUCACAAUUCACGUUCACUCUAACCCGCCUGUUUAUUUAGAUGAAAAGGGAAGAUGUAGUUGGUAGCCUUUUCUAAGAUUCGGUGCAAAUUUGCAAAGCAAAAUCCAUGAAGUCAAGAUGGGCAAGUGAGAGUAAAUGCCAUUUCUCUGAUCAUCAUGUUUUUGUUCCUGGUGCUCUCUCAUGAUCAGUACUCGAUCAAAGUUGAGGGCGCGAGACCUCUCGGAGAUCAAUCUGCUUCUUCCUUCAUAAGUUUAAUUAUCAGCCGAGCCUAUUCUGGCCCAAGCCACAGAGGACGUGGUCAUUGAACACAAAAAAGCGAGACUCAUUUUACAUAUAUAUAUGUUUUUUUGUCCAUAUACAUAAAAGCUAAGUACCAUAUGGACUUGUUGUAGGAGUACAUUGAUUAAUUUGACAACUCUGUUUAUUAUAUAAAUUACUUAAGCUAGCAAAGGAUGCUUGAGUUCACAGGUUUACAAGUCGGAAUCGUUCUAGCUACCUCAAAUCAAUAUAUUGUUAUUUAAUUUGUGUAUAUAUUUCUAUGGUCACAAAUAUAUUGUGUAAGCUCUUCUUAAGCAUUGGAAAGACGCUCGUAUUUAUCUA